GAGCCUAUUGCAGCAAUUGGCAUUGAAAUUUGGACAAUGCAAGAUGGUAUAUUAUUUGACAAUAUCAUGAUAGCAAGUGAUGAGAAAGUUGCAGAAUCAUACAGGAUGACUGCAUGGAAGCCCAAGUUUGACAUAGAGAAAGAGAAACAAAAGGCUGAGGAAGCAGCAAGCACUGGUGGGCUCAAAGGAUUCCAGAAAAUGGUACUUGAUCUCCUCUACAAGGUGGCUGACAUUCCCUUCUUGGGCGAACACAAGUCCAAAGUAUUGGAUAUUCUUGAGAAGGCUGAGAAACAGCCCAAUCUCACAGUUGGUGCUGUCAUUUCAAUCAUAAUUAUCAUUUUCACAGUUUUCUUGAAGCUCAUCUUUGGUGGGACACAGCAGCAACCCGCAAAAGCUACUGGAAAGGCUAAGAGAAGUGAUGGUGCCGAGGCAUCAAGUUCAAACAAGGAAGGAGCCACGGAGAAGAAAGAAGACCAGAAUGAGGACGCCGCUGCUCCUCGUAGGAGGACUAGGCGUGAAAAUUAGAGAUUCUGAAACAGAAACUUGUGCCUGCUAGAAGGACUUAGCUACUUGAGUUAGGUGUUAUGCUCUUGUUUUGUUUUCCUUUGUUACUGUUUUAUUUUCUUAUCCCUUCUUGCCUAAUGGCCAGGCGAGCAAACAUUUCGCCAAUUUUUGAGAUUUUUCCUCUUUAACAAGAAAAAUGUAUGACAAUGUAGAUUUGGACA